CGCCGAGAGGCCCCCGCGCCCCGGCGGAGGGACGAGGGAGAGAGCCGCUCGCAACUCGGUACCUCAGUACUCUUCGCGGCUUCGUUCUAGGUGCCGGUGAAUCGCCGCCUCCCACUGUCCCGCCGUCAGUGACCGACCUCUGGAACCCGACCGUUUAUGACAUUCGACAACCCCGCCCAGUGCAUUUUUCCGAGUUGCAUUUCGAUCGGUGCGAAGAGUGCGUCGGCGGUGACCGAUCGGUGACUCCUCCCGCGUUUAUUUAUGUUGUCGUUUUGGUGUGGUGAAUAUUUGUGCCGUACGGACGAUAACCGGAUUAUCUGUGCGCCCGAGUUAGUGGAUAUUUUUACCGAUUGACGGCUUUUCCUCGAAGUUUGACGCGCGUGUGGCGGGUUCGCUGGAGCAACGGAUGCGUCGCGGGAGGCGGCGUGCAAUGCGCUGCUAGAAACCGCCAUGGUGGGCGUGGGCGUGGCGGAGGGCGGCGGCGGCGGUGGAGCGCCCGACGGCUACUACGGCGAGUACUACUCACCGGAGCCCUACUACGUGCCGCCGGAGAUGUGCCCUCAUCCGCAGCAGCACCCCCAGCACGCGCACAUGUGCGCUGUGCACACCGAAUACGGCGGCAUGCCAGUAGUUACGUCGGCGACCAUGAUGCCACCAAUGCUGCCGCCUGUGCUGGACGAGGGCAUGCGACACUAUCUGGUGGCGCACCCGCAUGCGCAGCCGCAUCCGCACCACGCACCGCACCACCAGCCACCGCACCACCAGCCGCCCCACCAUCAGCCACCACCGCACCAUCAACCGCCGCAUCACUAUGGCCCUACAAAUGGUGCUGGAGGUCCACAACACUUCUACGGGGCGGGGUAUCCUGCUCACUUCCACCAUGUUCCUCCACAUCACAUGCAGCAUUCCCCACCCCCUGUGUAUCAGAAGGACGAACGAACACAGCGGCAAUACUCAAAACUUAAACAGAAGCUAGAACGUAAACACAACAAUAGGAAUAAUGGUAUUGAGGUAAAUAAUUCAGGUGCAAGUACCCCCUCACUAUCACCGCGCAAGGAGUUGAACGGGCGCGGCGAGAGUAGUGGAGGGAGCGGCGGAGCUUCCUCGGGUGCAUGGUCGGAGGGUGAGGGCUCGUCGGCGGGUGCCUCUGUGCAGGGUGACGACGAGAACGACACUCAGGCGCUUUUGGAUCUGCUGUCAGCCACACGAACUCCACAGGUUAGUGACAUGACCCCAACGAGUGCACUCGUGCAGUGGAACUCCCCAUUGCCUGAAGGCGUCAAUCUACCUAACGUCGAUUUAACUUACGAUCUACUAUUGGGUGACCGCAAGAGAUACAAAGCCAUAUACAGUGGUCCUUCGCUAUCAUGUCGAGUUCGGGAUCUGCGGCCCGGGUGCGAGUACUCGGUGUGCUUGCAAAUCCGAGCGGGCGAGGUGACCGGCGCGGCGAGUGAAGCCGCCACCUUCCGCGCACCCGCCGCGCCGCCCGACCGCCUGCCCGCCGCGCGCGUGGUGCAGCGCACGCGCAGCUCGCUACUGCUGCGGUGGGCCUCGGCCGCCGACAACGGCGCGCGCGUUACGCACUACGUCCUGGAGAUGGACUCCGGCGACGGGUUCAAGGAGCUGACGCGGCCGCGCACGCGGCAGCACACCGUCAACAACCUGCGACCGCAGACUCGAUACCGCUUCCGCAUAGCCGCUGUGAACCAGUGCGGCCGCGGCGAGUGGAGCGACGAGGCGGUCGUGUGGUCGGCAGGGUCGCCGCCGCCCGCGCCCGCGCCCCCCGCGCUCCUCACCGCCGCGUCCACCUCCCUGGCGCUAGGCUGGGAGCGGAGCGCCGCGGAGGAGUUCACUCUCCAGAUGGACGACUUCGCGCGAGGUCACGGCUUCCUUCCAGUCUACUCUGGAUCAGAAUGCGCUUACGUUUGUGAAGGUCUCCGAAGGGCCACCGAUUACCGUUUUCGUCUCAGGUGCGAAAAUGUCGACGGCCAGGGUCCUUGGUCAACGGAGGUCUCGUACCGAACGCUUCCCGAACGACCGUACCCGCCCGGGCGUCCCGCAACCCGCGGCAAGAUUCACUCUCGCGCCUUCCGCCUGAGGUGGGAGCCGCCGACGGAGGACGGCGGAGCCGCAAUCGAGUCGUACACGCUAGAGCUCGACGGCGGCGAGGGCUACAAGUGCGUGUACCGCGGGCCGGAGCGCGAGGCGCUGUGCGAUCGCCUGUUGCCCGGCCAGCAGUACCAGGCGCGCGUGCGCUGCUCCAAUGUGGCGGGCGACAGCGACUGGGCGCACUCGGACGCCGUGCUCGUGACGGACGCUGCCCCGCCCUCCUUCUGUGCCGCCCCGCAGUUGGUCUCUGAGCCCCGCGCCACGCAAGUCUCCGUGCGCUGGGAGUCGCCCGACUGUAUCGGCGGUUCGCCCCUAACCCAGUACCGUCUCGACCUCACCGACAUGGAUGGCGUGUUGCGAUUGGCCUACGCCGGCCUGGAUACCGAAGCCAUCAUUCGGGAAUUGAUUCCGGGACGCGAGUAUAAAGUGUGGGUGACGCCUUGCAAUAAAGUGGGCUCGGGUCCACCGUCUCCAUUGCUCAAAUUCACGACGGCGUGCGCCCCUCCCGACGCUCCCGAGGCGCCCGUCGUGGAGGUGCUAAGUCCGCGGAUCGUUCGCGUCCAGUGGACCGCCCCCGCGAACAACGGAUCACCCAUAGCAGAUUUUCGACUGGAGGCGAGCGCGGCAAACGUCGACUACGCCGAGGUUUACCGCGGUUUGGAAACUGUUUGCACUGUAACGAAUUUAACUCCGUUCACACCUUACUUCUUCCGCGUGCGCGCGUGCAACGCGGCCGGGCGCGGGGCUUGGUCGGCGGCGCGCGACGCGCUGACACCGCGCGCGCCGCCCGCCGCGCCCGCCGGCCUGCGCCACGACGCCACGGCGGACUCGAUGCGUUUGCACUGGCGCGUUCCCGAAUGCCACGGAGCCGAAGUUUUGCGAUAUCGAGUGGAGGUCGACGACGCCGCCUUCGAAACCGAAGGGGCGACGCCGGAGCGCCUCGUCGAGGGACUCGCUCCGGACACAGUGUACCGCGUGCGCGUCGCCGCUUACAACGAACUCGGCCUCGGCGACUGGUCGGAGGAAGCGAGUGCGGCCACUCGCCCGCGGCCGCCUGAUCCCCCCGUGCUUCGGUGCGCGCAGGCCGCGCACAACCACCUGCGCCUCGAGUGGGACGCCAUGGAGGGCGCGCAGUACUGCGUGGAGAUGCGCGCGCCAGACGCUCGCGAGUUCCGGCCCGUCUACCGCGGCUGCGCGCACUCGUGUAAGGUGAAGAAGCUGCGCGAGGCGACCUCGUACACGUUCCGGAUACGAGCCAGCGACGAGCGCGGCGGGCGCGGCGCCUGGUCGGCGGGCACGGUGGUGCGCACAGCGGCCGCGCCACCGCCCGCGCCGCCCGCGCCCUGCGUCACGCUGCUGCCGCCGCGCGCCGCGCUCGUCAGCUGGGAGCCAGUGGACGACGCGGACUACGUGCUGCAGUGCGCCCGCGGCAAGGAAGCCGUGUUCAAAGAGGUGUACGCGGGCGCCGCCAGCCAGUUCCAGCUGGAGGAGCUGGAGCACGGCGCGGAGCUGGCGCUGCGCGUGUGCGCCGUGCGCGCGGGGCUGGCGGGCGCGUGGUCGGGAGCGGCGCGCGCGCACGUGCCGGUGGCGCCGCCGCCCGCGCGCCUGCGCAAGCCGCGAGCCGCGCGCGCGCUGUCGCCGCGCCACGCCGCGCUGCUGAUGGCGGCGGGCUUCCUGCUGCUGGCCGUGCUGGUGGCGGUGCUGGUGCAGCGGCUGGUGGAGCCGCGGCCGUGACGCGAACUGACGGCGACGCUCCCGCGAGCACUCGCCUGCCUCCACAGCACGCCUGUGCCAUCGGCUACGACGAUAUACGAAUUUGGCGAGCUCGAUCGUGCCUGCGUCCGAUCGUGGCGAUGCGAGUGCAAUUAUCAUCUAAAGUAUCUCGAUGAGUUUUGCGCCGUCGAUACGAGAGGGCUCCGCCCGAACCCGUAUAGCUCGACCGACCGAAAUUUACCUCGCCGUUCCGAUGACGCGAACCACUCGCUUGUGUAUCCCGAAGGCGUCAAUAUAUUUAUGUGUACAUAGUAGAUAUUAAAGAUGUCAAUGUACGUCGCCGCCAUGAGAUGUCGGCCGGCGCAAGGUGACGCUGACGUUCUCGUAGUUCUGAUGUAUCGGUUGGGCUUACGAGAAGGCGACGAGUAGCCGAGUUCGGUGCGAUCGUGUACUAUCGAUGUUACUGACCACAUCCUUUAAGGCCUAGUGAAAUAUGUUUUAUAAUUUUAUUAUGGGAAUAUUUUAUAUUAAAAAUUAUUGUAAAAUAUUAAUAGAGUAUAUAUUUUCGGGGCUGCCAUUCUGAAUUUUUAUUAGGAAAUGUUACGAACUACGCCUUAUCGUAUCUGUAAUUUUUCACAGAUCUUCAUAUCUAGUCUAUGCUAUUAUCUUUCAUUUAUUUCGUUAGCCGUUCCACUGAACGUACUGUAUACUUAAAAUAUUAUUUACACGAAAACAGUAUGUACAAUUUAUAAUUGGAAAAUUUUAUUUAUCGUCGCGCGAAGUGUACUUGCGAAUGACCUCUGUCAGUAUUUCUGGGGCCGUAUCUUCACAAUACAUUUGAUAUUUUUAUAAAAGAAUCAAUCGCUCUGUUGCAUGUUUUGUAUCAUAUUUAAGUAUAGCAAGUUAGCAACCAAGGUGCUCUAAUAUUAAUGUUCUGUUCCGAGGGUCAAGGCCCCUCGCCUGCAACGAGUUUCCAGUGUGCGUGCUGUGAUCACUUCCUUAUGCGAAUGAGACUGAUUUUAAAAGUAAAUGCUUUGUCUACAUGAUUGUUUCCAAUGCUGUCUUUCGUUUUGACAACGUUUGUAACACGCGAUCAGCUGACCCUUCGCUCCGAGGAGAGAAGGGUCCGCGGUACAGAGGAGUCCCUAGACUCGGCCGCUGUUUGUAUACUCCCAAUAAAUAAUAUUGUAUAACCAUAAUUAUUAUGUACCUUCCAAGUUUUAUUGUCGAUAGUGUUUAAUUUGUUUUUAUUAUAAUAGAACAUGACGUUUAUUUGAUGACAUUAUGUAAUAUAGAUUAAAUUGUUUAUGAAUUUAGAGAUUAUAAAUUUAUUGAGAUUGUUACCACCCGGUGUAUCGAUAGGGAAAUGUCAGAUUUGACCUUAUUUCUAAGAAAUAACUGUGUUCGAAAAAAAAUUAAAAAAAAAAAAUUAGAACGAUCCCUUAAUCGUGUUUGUUAAUUUAAUUAAUCAAUAUUUAGGAAAAUGUUAACUGACUACGAUCUAAUUAUAUUUUAAAUGAAUUAUUUUCACUGUAGAUAAGCAGAGUAUCUUUUUUAAUUGUAUUCAAUUAUACGAAUUAUAGUAAAAAAGUGCAUAUGGGAUUUUACAUUGAUGUUUCUAAGUGUCAUUAAUAUUCACAUAUAAAUGUUGAUUAUAAAGUAUUUGUGAAGUAAUGUCAUGUUAAUAUAAUAGUAACCUUGAAUAUUGUUAUUGCAUAGGCCUUGCGUUCAAUGUCCGCUAUCUGAGCCGUCGUUGUAAUGUUUAUAUUUUGUCAUGGACAGCCUUUUAUAUGCACGAAUUUAUGCUUAUAAUACGUCUUUAAUGGUAACAUUAUUCUGUGAUCAUCUUAUUCUGUUCAUUCUAUAUAUUAUAUUUAAUUAUUAUCAGAUACAUUCCUAAUUUCGUUUCUCUCUUUCAAGACAUUAUUCGUUAUUACUGCGGAGAAUUUUGUCGCUUCGUGCCACACGUAAACAAAAACGUAAGCACAGCUUACUGGCAUGUAAUGUGCAAAGGGGCAGGUUAAUUUUGUAAUGUUUUAAAUAAUCCUGUUGUGCAAUCUUCAAUUUAUUUAUUGUAUUGCUUAAUAUAUAAUAUUUAUUUUUUAGAAAUUAUAUAAAUGAAUAUAUUAUAUAGGGUCGUGUAAAUUUGAGGAAUCGAUGUUCCUAAAUGUAUUGAAUGUUUCGUACGAUACACCAAUCGCAAGCUAAAUUGUAAUACAGUAAAGCAUUCCAACUUUGAAUUCCACUUUGUAAAUAGGCCUAAACUCUACAUUUGUCCACACAAUAGCAUUUAUUAUGCUUUUGUGUGGUAAUGUAAAUAACUCUGGUGUUUCAGAGCUUGGUGUGUUCAAGCUGUGCACCAAGUUUACGUUUUUAAGUUAAUACUCUAUUUUGUCAAUGGUGUAUGGAUUUUAAAUCUCAAGACGUUAUGGUCGUCUGAUAAUUAACUGGACUCACGUGUCGUCUCAAUACAUGCAGGCGACUGCUGCGCCAAUCACGUUUGUGAGUGCACGCAUAUAAAUCAAAUGUAUGUAUCCGAUAUGCCGCAUCUGAUGUACCACGUAUGUAGUACCUAUCCACGCAUCACGGACACGACACUUAAGUCUAGUGUAAACCCAGCUUUACUCUAAUACAAUUGUGACUUUUGUUAAGAAAACUUAUACUUGGGCACAGCUGUGUACGCCGACGGAAAUAAAUAAGGGUCUACGCACACAAGCAACUUGUGUCUACUACAUUGCUUUGCCAAAUCCAGUCUAUAAUCGAACGAGCACGGUUUCAUGCAUUCAUAAUAGCACCAGACGUAUUGACUGAAGUCUUGGCAUAUAUUUUGUGAGUCAAGAAACAGACUAACACCCACAAGUCGUCGAGUGCUACUAAUGUGUUUCGAGGCUUACAAUAUUAAUUUUGCCAGGCGUCGUGUAAAAGGAAGUAGAGUGAUGUGCCGCUACUUCUAGGACCUCGGCGGACCGACGUUGGGACCAAUAUAUCUAAAACAUUUUUUCCUACUUUUUUUUUUACAACUGAAGUUAAUUUGAACAUACGUUGGCCUCGGGAGACUUA